AUGAGAUAUCUCCAAGACAAUCCAAUGGCCCAGGGACUCAGCGAGGUUCCAGAGGAGAAGGAAGUGACAGGGGAAGCCGAAGAGGACGAUGGACCACCAGUGCUAGAGAAGGAAGUCUAA